AUGUCGGCCUUUGACCACCCCAACGCCCCGGACAUAGUGCUCGUCACGACAACUGAUCCCACAUCCCACAUUGCACCACACUCGAACCGAACCACGCUAGUCCUCCCCGCGCUCUCUUACUUUGAACUGACAACCCCGCCUGAUCCAGAGGAUCCAUUAUCCAUCUUUAUUCUUGUUCCAUGCCGUGCGUUUACCAUCGUCAAUUCUGGCCCCGGACUCUACCUAGCCGGCACUUGGACUCUCCUGUUGCAACUUGCCAUCCCACCUGCCUCUUCCAGCGACAGCAACAGAAUCAGCAGCGGCAGCAUCCAUUACCAUCAGGAUUCAGGAGCAGCAUCAGCGCAGAACCAACUUCCAAGUUUCGCUCGGAUGGACCCCCCAGCCCCAGGGCCCCCACCUCCAGCCUCCAUCGGCAACCCGUCCGUGCCACCACCAGUACCAGUGCCACUGCCCGUGCAAGAAGCACGUCGCCCCUCCCUCGCCAUGUCCGUCACGUCCGCCACCUCUCCGUCUUCCGCAGGGUCAGCCACCCCCGAUCCGACGACGGGCACGGCGGGGAUGACGCAGAAGGAGAUCGACCUCCAGAGGAAACGGGCGCGGGACCGCAAGGCGCAGCAGGCCAUGCGAGACCGUAACAAAUGGACCAUCCACACCCUAACCGAGCAGGUCGCCUUCCUGAACCACGCCGUCGAAGAGAAGAACCGCCAGAUCUUCAUACUGCAAGCGAGGCUUGGCGCGCUGGAGAACGAGAACGCCCACUUGAGGACGCAGAACGCCGCCCUUCAGCUCAGCCUCAUGGGGCGGGAGAACGAAGAAGCCGCCGCCGCCGCUGCUGGCGCCUCUGCCGGCAACCCUCUCCCCGACGGCGCCACGCGAGCGUUAACCGCACCUCGUCUCGGCCAGGUGGCCGCAGCAACCACCCUCCACCCCUGGGAGAUCCUGCCCAAGGACACCUCGCCCACGUGUCUGGCCGACGAGAUCCUGCAGAAUUUCAUCGACUCGGUGCGCACCAAGGCGCUCAUCUCCCCCAAGCCCGCGCACGAGAGGGCGGCCGCCUACUCUCGAAAACCCAGGGUCUGUUCCCUGAUGGACCCGAGGCGGCGGACCGAGGACGUUAUAAGUAAUGUGGUGGCGGAUAUCGUGCGUUCCUACCCCGAAAUCGAGACCCUGCCGAAACAGGUUGCCGUGUUUUGGAACAUGGCUUUGCUUCUCAAGUGGAUGGUCCUUCUUGAUAGGGACAGCUGGGAACAAAUGCCGCCUUGGCUACGGCCUAUCCCGAGCCAGAGGGCAAUUCCUCACGCCGCCUGGAUUGAUCGUAUUCCAUGGCCCAAGGCUCGCGAGUAUCUCAUCAUGCACCCGGAAAUCACCCUCGACGACUGGGCCGCCCCCUACAGCUCGAGCUUCAACGUCAGCUGGCCCUACGACCCGUCUCACGUCGUCAUCACCAUCCCAAAUCCCACCGACUCCAGCGUGGCCGAGUUUUCCAUCAACCCCGUCUACGAAGAGCACCUCCGCCAAAUGCGCAACUGGACCGUGGGCGAUGUUUUCCGGAAACGGUUUCCGGAACUUGCCACGCUCAUAGAUGAGGAGCGCGGGUCCUGA